CUUUCCACCGCAAAUGUUGCAAACCGAAAAAAAAACAAUCAACCAAACGCCAAACCUUCCCCGUGCCAAAAACAAAAACACCCGGCAGUGGCAACAACACCGACAGCGGUAGCAACAACGGUACCGACCUUCUCCCUGCCACCUGAUCAACUGUCACCCGGAUCGGCAACUCUGGAAGAUGUGCUCGCCUCGUUACUGGGGCUACCGGCCGAAUCACACAGGUCCUCAGUGGAUUUAGCUAAUUCCUGUCUAACGCCAACAGUUUCCAGUACCCACACCCUCCAGAUCGAACCAGUUCAAAUUAGAAGACGCAGCGAGGGAGACGCCGGUAAGAAACGAGCAGCAGACAACAAUCCCAGCGCGUCCGGUGCGAUCAGCAGUGGAAUCAGCAGCAAAGAUACCCAGAGCCGCCGGGUGUCGCUGGAUUCCUGCGACACCACUCACAAAAAUCACGGGGAAGCACUCAAGUGUCGCUAUCCGAAAUGCGAUGCCACGGCAACGAUCGCCGAGGCGAAAAAAUCCUACAAAAGCUGCCACAACUGUUCGCAUCUGUACUGCUCGCGGGAAUGUCGGAGGGCUCACUGGGAGAAACAUCGGAAGGCUUGUUUGCACUCGCGAAUCUCCGCUCUCUGUAGGCUGGUGUUGUCCACCUGCAAGGACGAUGCGGAUACCCUGCGGCACCUCAGUGUGUUAGCGAGGCGUGGCUACUUGUCGCAAGGGCGAGGUGUUGUUAGAAUACUGUUUCGUAGUCCGGAGAAUGCGGACUCGUUCAUAAAGCAGGGUUUCCAGUGUUUGGGUGAAGUGAUAUACGUGCGCUGGCCGGACUUGCUUCCGUCAGAGAUGGGUCCGGAACUGUACUCGGAACUGCUCAAACUAAGUACCGAGUACAAACCGGACUCGAAAAUGUUAAUCUACGUGGCGAUCUGUGUCGUGUCGGAAGCUCCGGGUAAUGCGACGGUCCCAGUCAAAUGGGAACGCCAGCUGGUGUCUCGGUGCGCUAAGCUUAAGCUGUGCAAAUUCGUCAUCAACGAAAUUAAUAACUCCCCAAUCGAUAAGCAGAUUCCGAAGAAGGAAAGCGCUACCGAUGUGCUAAUUCUUUCGUUUAACAUCAUGUCGAAAACGACGCCGAAAAGCCGCGAACAGGUUUCGCUCAACAUUCAGAAUGUACUGCGCCAGCGAGGCGUUGUCCUGCGUAAGCAUUAUCCCGAAGUCUUCCAGCGACUGUCCACGUUUGUCGAGGGUUCAAUCGAUCGGUUCCUGCCGGUGACGAUGCACCCGCGGGACAGCGUCACCGGGCGACCAUUUGUUUGCAUCAUAAUGCCCAACUAUGGCGAUUCGGAUAAGCUGCAGUUUCCCAUUUCGGAGAACAGCGACGACGAUCGGGUUGUGACGAUUGACGUCGGGGUCGAGCUUGGCUUCGGUGCGGAGCCGAUGGAUACGUUGAGUGUUUUCUAGGGAGGAUAGCGAUUUUCAUUCUAGGUCGAGCCUAUUCGCAGCUUAUGUUCCUGGAGAAUUCGUCAGCCACGUGAUAGAGCUGAAGCCGACGUAACAGUAAGGUUGUAUCGACAUGUAGUUUUCCGAAAAAUCUAAUGGAACGAAUGGUGUAACAUUUUUAUUUACCUAAUCUAGACAUUGAAUUCGAUACAGUUUUUGUAUAACAUGAUACUAAAUCUGUCGGUACUUUCAUAAAAUCUUCAAAAGAACCGAAGCUCCCAUAACCCAACGCUCCGAACAGGGAAAUAUUUCAGUUCAACUGAAAGCCACAUAAAAAGAGCUUGAUUGGACUCAACAAACCCCCAUUGUUACUGAACAGCUGUACACAGGCAAAGAAGAACAGGUAAGUUUAACGAUAAUAAUUCUGACAACAAAGAAGGGUAUAAACCAUGAAUACACUGAAUAACGCCAAAUUUUUAUACUAAAUAGAGUAGGAUAAAUAAAUUUAUGAGUAAAACACAACACAAACUGAUCCCCAUUUCUUGUAUAGUGUUGAGAAGUAAAAUAUUUCAAUAAUAUAUGAGCUAUUGUAAAUUUGUCUGUAAAUUAUUGAUCCAUCGUCGUGAUUCUUACUAUUCCUAAAAGUUACCUUCCUUUUCCUCGCUUGAAAUCCAUGCUUUAUGGUAGUAAUAUACAGGUUAUACACUAUACCGUAAGUUUUUGUUGUAAGUUAUUUUUUGGAAGUAUUUUUCUCUAUUUAUAACAAACAAAACCGCAUAGGAUUUUCUGUAGAUCCCCUUUUACAAUGUUAAUGUCCUGAACGAAUGUUAGAAAAUUUAAUAAAAAAAUACUCAUUUGACUAGCAGAGAAUGAACACCGGAAAUGAUUCAACAGGACUAACCAAUUUCCCAUAGAAACAAAAAUCAAACCUUACAUAGUGGAGCAAUAGCAAUACAUAGAACUUCUCUAUUCAAACAGCAAAAAGGAACAGAAACCAUAUCUCCAAGUAUGUAUGAAAUUAACCAAAAAUUAACGAAGAAGACCACUUUUUGCUGCAAACGCAGACUAUACUGAUGCAUUUAUGAUCACUUAGAACAUGACUAUGCCCUUUUCCCUCGGUGAUAGCGUUAGAUGAACAUCGAAUGGAAAACAUUGUGAGAAACUUUCUUUGCCGGAAAUUUGCUUUCGCUUUAAACUUUUCUACGGCUUAUUUACAUCACGCAGAAAAAAUUAGCAUAUUUAAACCAAAAAUAUGUGUUAUUGAAUUCAAUCAUUUAUUGUUUAUCAU